CCCAGGCAUACCACUGCGAUUGGAGGACAAGUUGAUCCCAACAAUAGCGUUUUAGCGCAAAGGAAUUAUGUUUAUCAACACAGCUAUUUACUAGAUUCUUGUUCAGGAUUUUCAGGGGUGGCUUCAACAAUUUCUCUCAAUCGUAGAGGUCUUGGCGCUGGUAGGCAGGUAUAUAAAGCACAUAAAGUACCUCUAGCUAUACCCACUUGUGCUUUCAGGUAUCCUACCAGGUUCAAGGGAGUUCACUAUUCCAAUCGCGAAGGUAAGAGUAGUAGGAGACAUGUCCCAUAGUCAGACUGAACCACUCCUAACCUUCAAUCAUGCCUUCAUGUCUCCCCUCGGUCAAUGCUCUCUGAGGUCGGUAGCUUUCCCUAUGAUCUGGAUGCUUUCAUUACCCUCUGGCCUCAGUAAAGGCCAGCUAGGUGGGACUGCUGCCAUGGAUUUGCUCACCAAUAGUAUCAUCGUGAGACAAGCUGUGGGAUACUACACCAGUAAGUGCUUCACCACUAGGGAUUUGGCCAUCCAACAGCGCAUCAAGAUAUGCAUUUGAAAUUGUUGAAGGAUUCGAGACAUCCA